AUGCCAUCCUUGGAGCCAAUCCCCGCCAGGAACCCCAAUCUACCCGAUGGAGGGUCCGACGAUGAGGCAGACCCUGAACUAGUGGAACUCCUCCGCCAGCACCUCGGACUGGGCGGCAAACAGCAGAAUGAUCUUCCGCCAGAAACCAGAGUUCUGGAGGGUGCCCAGUACAUUUUUGACAAUGCCAUCGACGUGGCCCUGAGCCCGGCACAGACCAAAGAAGCCGCCGAGACAAUAUGGCGAAUGAUGCAGAAGAAGGCCUACUCCACGAAGACCUGGUCAGAGCAUGAGCUGCAUCCCCAAACAAAAGAUGAAAGUACCGUUGAUUUUAUUUUCACAAUGGAUCUUUUAAACUUUAGCUUCUGGUCUGAGGAGAAGGACGAAGCGAAGCGUUUCUGCAUCGAGUAUCGCGGCAAGAGGUGGACAGGCUACUGGAGUUUGGUUGCUGCCUUACAACGAGCUCUUGAGGAGAAGAUCCCUAUCACAACUCCAGACUUUUGGAUCGACGAGGAGCAAUGCACAGAUGAGCUGCUGAGACAUGUCUUUCGAUCCGCCACCGAUGAGGAGAUCCCCUUAUUCCAAGAGCGAGUGCAAUGCUUGCGAGAAGCAGGUGAAGUUCUCUGUAAUGUGAGUUACAUGACACACCCCGAUCUUUCUUACUCCGGUACUAAUGGAAUUAUUGUUCAGGAAUUUGGUGGAAGCUUUGUCAACUGCAUCGAUGACGCAAAUUUCUCCGCAGCAGGUCUAGUAAACUUGCUCACCGAGAACUUCGCCUGCUUCCGUGACGAGACGAGGUUCAACGGAAAAAGAGUUCGGCUUUACAAGCGCGCCCAGAUUCUCGUUGCAGACCUGUGGGCCUGCUUUGACGGCGAGGACUUUGGAGAAUUCAACGAUAUCGAUAAGAUCACCAUGUUUGCGGAUUAUCGCAUUCCGCAAAUGCUCCACCAGUUUGGCUGUCUUCGACUGUCUCCCCCACUGGAAAACCACAUUCGAGAUGGGAAGCUGAUCCCAGCGGGCUCAAACUGGGAAAUUGAGCUCCGCGGCACGAGCAUCUGGUGUGUCGAGCUUAUAAAACGAGAGAUUGAGAAGCGUCACCCAGAAGUGAAGAAUGCUGGACACAAAGGCAUUUUCACACCGUCUGAGGAAAACACCCCCCAGGACUCGGAGGCCGAGGCCGAAGCCGAGAAAACCAAGGCUGAAAAGCCACCGAAGACAUACGGAAUCAACGCUAUUCUGAUUGACUUCUUUUUGUAUGAUACAAUGAAGAACUUGGAGGAGGAACACAACGAGAGUAUUCCUCACCACCGGACUCGGAGCAUUUGGUACUAG